AUGCCAGGAGGAAGUGCAGAGGUAAAGGAAGGGGGCGGGCCUUAUGAGAGCGGGCGAGGAGUGAAGAGUCCACACCGGGUCAGUCCCCUCCGCCCCGGCCCCUCCGCCCCGGCCCCUUUGAUCUCACCCUCUCUGAUGGGUGCGUGUGUGGUGCUGGUGGGACAGGGGGAGGGCCCAGAGAAGUCGUCCAGGGAGGCACCGCCCUGUGCUUGUAAACAGGGCACAACACCCCUCAUGCCCCCGGAGCACAAACAAUAUCUGUUACUACUGCGCCACAGCAUCGGCCUGGAUCACAUCCAGAUACAGCAGGACUGA